AAAUCAGUUACCCUUGAAAACCUCAACAGAUCAUCAUAUACCAUCUCCUAUAUAUAUAUAUAUAUAUAUAUGUAUGUAUGUAUACUCAAACCAUCCCUCUUUUUUCAUAACUCUUUGCCACUCACACUUACUUUACAAUCAAAAAAGAAAACAAUUCAGAAGAAUGGGUGAUUUACAGAUUCAACAAGAAUCCAUGUUGAUCCCUCACAAACAGAAACAAUCCAUGAUUAUUCCAACAUCAUCAAUGCUUCAUCAUCACACUCACAACAACUCUGUCAAACGCCGUUCACCAUCAUCAUCAUCUGCCCACCAACCAUCAUCCAAGAAGCAUUCUUUUGACGCAAGCAAUCUCACCCGUAAUGGCUUCUCUGCCAUUACACUUCCUUUCAGUCUCCGCGGGAAUGCUCUUAGCCGCUGUGUCUCUGAUCCUUGCACCUUGCCGGAUCAAUCCAUGCCGGUAAAAGGGCCGUCAACUGCUUUGCAGCCUCAGCCUCCGAUCAGCAGAUGUAUAUCUGAAGUUAUUGAUCCUUUUGAGGUUAAAGAAGCAGUAGCUCGUUAUUUGAACUCUGCUAAAAAAACCACCCCUGAAUCUGAUUCAAUGAGGCUUAAAAGGAUGAAGGAUCGGUUAAAAGAAAUGAAGAAAGUGUGGGAUGAAGUUAUGGAAGUCGAGGAAGAAAAUGAAAAAGAACAACAAGAAGAAGAGCCCUCUCCUGAUGCUGAAGAUGAAAAGGAUGAAAAAGAACAAGAACAAGAAGAGCACUCUCUUGACUCUUUUGUUGCUGAAGAUGAAAAAGUCAUAUCGCAGGAUGAAUUGGGAAAUGAUUAUGAAGAAGCUGUUAGUGUGGAGUGGGUUGAUAAGUGUUUAAGCCUUACUUUCAAGUGUCCAUGUGGCAAGGGAUAUGAGGUUCUAAUCUGUGCAAACAAUUGUUACUACAAGUUGGUCUAGAAGAAUCAGUAUGCUUAUUUGUGACAUGGAUCACUUUU